AGAGAGAGUCUGGCUGAGAUUUCUCCUGCAGGAAGGCAGCAGUUAAGGACUCUGGAAGGGACAGUAUCUUUUGUUCUAGUUCCUCAUGGAUUGGCUUCAGCUGUUCUUCAUCCAUCCUCUGUCACUUUAUCAGGGGGCUGCGUUUCCUUUUGCACUUCUGUUUAAUUAUCUCUGCAGGAAGGAUUCAUUUUCCACUUGUGCCAGGUACCUCUUCCUCCUGGCUGGGGGAGGUGCCCUGGCCUUGGCUGCCAUGGGUCCCUAUGCGGCACUUGUCUUCAUCCCUGCUCUCUGCGCCGUGGCUCUCCUCUGCUCCCUCGGCCCACAGGAAGUCCACAGGUGGGCUUUCUUCUUCCAGAUGAGCUGGCAGACCCUGUGUCACCUGGGGCUGCACUACACGGAGUAUUAUCUGCAAGAGCCCCCUUCCAUGAGGUUCUCCAUCACUCUUUCUUCCGUCAUGCUCUUGACCCAGAGGGUCACGUCCCUCUCACUGGACAUUUGCGAGGGGAAAGUGGAGGCAACAUCAGGAGGCAUCGAGAGCAGGAGCUCUCUGUCUGAGCAUCUGGGUAAGGCACUGCCCUAUUUCAGCUACUUGCUCUUUUUCCCUGCUCUCCUGGGAGGCCCUUUGUGUUCCUUCCAGCGAUUUCAGGCUCGUGUUCAAGGGUCCAGCUCUUUGUGUCCCAGGCACUCUUUCUGGGCUCUGACCUGGAGGGCUGUGCAGAUUCUAGGACUAGAGUGCCUCAAGGCGGGCAUGUGGAGGGUGGUGGGUGCAGGAGCGGGACUGACCGAUUGCCGGCAGCUUGAGUGUGUCUAUGUCAUGUGGGCCACAGCCGGGCUCUUCAAACUCACCUACUACUCCCAGUGGAUCCUGGAUGACUCUGUCCUCCAUGCAGCAGGCUUCGGGUCUGAGUCUGGUCAGAGCCCUGGGGAGGAGGGAUAUGUCCCCGAUGCAGACAUCUGGACACUGGAAACAACCCACAGGAUAUCCCUGUUCACGAGAAAGUGGAACCAAAGCACAGCCCGGUGGCUCCGACGGCUCGUGUUCCAGCACAGCAGGAUCUGGCCACUGUUGCAGACAUUUGCCUUCUCUGCCUGGUGGCAUGGACUCCAUCCAGGACAGGUGUUCGGUUUCCUUUGCUGGGCUGUGAUGGUGAAAGCUGACUACCUGAUUCAUGCCUUUGCCAAUUUGUUUAUCAAAUCCUGGCCAAUGAGGCUGCUCUAUAGGACCCUCACCUGGGCCCACACACAGCUGAUCAUUGCCUACAUAAUGCUGGCUGUGGAGGUCAGGAGCCCUUCUUCCCUCUGGCUGCUGUGGAACUCAUACAACAGCAUCUUUCCCAUGACGUACUGUGUUCUGCUUUUUCUAUUAGCAAAGAGAAAGCACGAAUUUAACUGACAUCUUUCCCCCAGCUUUCAUCUUCUACAACGGUGAAAUAGAGUUUAGAAAGUGCCAGAUGGUGCGUUGAUAACGUGUGUGUUUGAACUUUUCCAUAAUAAAGGAUUGGAUGGAUAUACCUGAUGAAUUGCCGUAGAAAUCUGUGUGUCUGCUUUAACAAGCUAUUUUGCUGGUACUGAAGAUACAAAAAAGAAAAAGACAUGGUUUCUUCCCUUAGGGUUUACAAUCUAGGUGUGGAAGCAAGGAUUAAAUAAAGCAAUA